GCUGGAUGGUGUGAGCCGAACCGCCGUGCGGCUCUGCGCGGAGCCCCGCUGCUCCCAGCAGGAUCGGCGUCAUGCUGGCUCCGAAGAAAGGGCUGCUGUGUAACCUCAACCACAUCCACCUGCAGCACAUCUCCCUGGGGCUGCACCUCUCCCGGCACCCGGAGCUUCAGGACACCGCGGGGCUCGGGGACCAGAAGUGCUGCAGCAGCUGUCAGGAGAGCUGUGAGCAAGUAGAUGCCAAUUCCAACAACCCCUCCUUGAAAUGUCACUGCUGCGAAUCCCACGCCGAGCUGCCCGUGACGCUGGGCCUGCAGGACCAGGCGGCUCCGGAGGAUUUCCCCCACCUGCAGGAUGGGGAGGAGGUGGUUUCCCCCUCUGAUCCGCCUUCCACCUCCUCCUCGGUCAGCAGCUGCUCGGAUUUCAGCCUGGACGAGUCGCCGGUGUCUGUGUACUACAGAGGGUUCUCAGCAGAAAGGUCCCAAUCCCCUACAGAGCCGCCCAGCGCAGCUCCUGCAGAAGAUGCAGAGCUGCUGCCUGGGGCAGGUGAUGGAAGAGACGCCAACCUCAACCCAGCAGCGCUCCAGGGAGAGGAGGACCUCAUUGGAGAGAGCCCCGACAGCCUCUGCAGCAGCAGCUCGCUCGACUCACAGUACAAUGAAGCCUCUCCCAGUGCGGCCGUGCAGCAGAUCACAGCCAGCUCCAUCGACCUCGACCCCAACUGCAACCCCCUGCCCGACCCCAGUGUUGCACCACCGGCACCAGCUGUGCCGUGCAGCUGGGAGCAGAACCUGAGCAGCGCUCCCAAACCACGGCUGAGCAGCGUUCCUCCUCCCAUCCCACCGCGGCCCAAGAGGCGGCUGCAGCUCCUCAAUGGGCACGGAGCAGAACGGCCCGCCCUGCCCGCGAGGCCCGCAGCACCCGAGCCCGGCGCUGAGCUCUGCAGAGACGCAGCCAAGAAGAACAUCACCUCCUUCCAUGAGCUCGCCCAGAAGAGGAAGAAGAACACCGUCGGGACCGCUCCCAUCCCAGCCAGGGUGGAUCGAAGCGACUGGCUGAUCGUUUUCUCACCUGACACCGAGCUGCCGCCCCACAGCGAGCUCCUGCCCAGCACUGCGAGCCGGGAGCCAACGCAGCCCCAGCAGGACUGGGGGGUGAAGCCUUCCAGCUCCGUGCAGAGGGAGAUCACCACGUUCAAGGAGCUGCGCUACCGCAGUGCCUCCAACAAACCCAAACCGCCGGCCCCGCAGCGCCCACCCGCACCCCCGGGGGGCUCGAGUGGCUCCAGCUGGGUGUCACCUGCGGUGCUGGGGGGGCGGCUGCCAGCACCCCCUGAGAACCACCAGGCGCGGAGGAGACCCCGACCCUCCCUGCAGCCCAUCGCGGAGGGACGGCCGCGGGAUGCAGAGCUGCCCACGCAGAGCCGCCCUGGGGAGCGCUUUGACUGCGACACCCGGACCUGGAGGAGUGGGGGGUCCGGUGGGGACCCCCGGGGGUCGGGAGAGGCUGAGCACGGAGAGGAGACGCAUCAGGAGGCCCGCCCUUCCCCACCCGCCGCCGGAGCUCCGGGCGCAGCGCAGCCCCACGGGAACGGCCCGGAAGGACGGCGGGGUGCUCUGGCAGAGCAGAAGAAAGCUCUGCUGAUUGCUGUCAGCACCGCUGUGGACAAAGUCAUCGCCCACUUCAGCUCCGCACGGAACCUGGUGCAAAAGGCUCAGCUGGGGGACAGCUGGCUCAGCCCUGACGUGGGCUACCUGCUGCUGCACACCCUGUGCCCUGCGCUCUAUGGUCUGGUGGAGGACGGGCUGAAGCCCUACCAGAAGGAUGUCAUCACAGGACAGAGGAGGAACUCACCCUGGAGUGUGGUGGAAGCCUCCGUGAAGACAGGCCCCAACGCCCGCUCUCUCCACAACCUGUGCUGGCGUGUGGCUGGGCUGGCCCCUCUCAGCAGCACCAGGCAGAAGUUUCAUGCUUUUAUCCUUGGCCUUUUGAAUACGAAGCAGCUGGAGCAGUGGGUCUCACACCUGCAGAAUAGCCCAGGUGUCAUCUCCGUGCUGUAUUUUCCUACGGCUUUCUUUGCUCUGAGCCAAGGCCCUCUCCCCCACCUCGCUGACGAACUGCUGCUGCUCCUCCAGCCCCUCUCGGUGCUGACCUUCCACCUCGACCUGCUCUUUGAGCACCAUCACCUCUCUGUGGACAUAAGGCCUUUGUCACGGCGGAUGGAGUCACCCCCAUCUCCUGCCCAUCGCUUUGCUCAGGGGGCUUCGCAGCCACUGGAGGGCCAAAGCGGCGCCGCGGGGGCCAGCCUGGAAGACGAGCUGCCUCCCGAUACUCUGGGGAGGGCACCUGCAGCAGAGGAGAGCCCACGCUCCCACUGCCAAGCAGCUGUGCACAGCGCGCUGCCCGGCCCGCAGGUGGGGGCUGCCCUGCAGCAGACCUUCCAGCACGUGCUGCGUUGGGGCGACCAGCUCAGCCGUGCUUUCCUGGGAGCUGACAGCUUCCCGGGGGCAGUCAGGCCUGAGGCAGGCCCUUGGGAUACAAGGGCUGGCCCCAGCAGCUGGUGGGCCCAGCUGAGCCAGGCCUCCAGAAUUUACACUGCUCCCAGCAAGGAAAGAUUCCCCUUCGUCUGGUGGACAAAGCUGCGGACGGCUGCGGGGGAUUCCAGCCCUGGCCAGGCGGCUCGACCCCAAACCCCUCCAAGAGAGCCUAAAGGCACUGAGCUGCAGCUGCUUCAGACCAAAGCUAUCCCUGAACUCUCCAGUCCCAACUCCAGCAGCAGUGCUGACACCUCCUCCCCCGAAGACCUCGUCCUGCUCGCUGGAGCCGGUCCAGCUGCUGGAGAGAAACCUCCGGCUGCUUCUCCACAGCCUGGUGCAAGCAGGAGCCAGGCUGCACCUCUUGACCCAGGGGCCUGCAGUCCUGGCCCCGACAGGGGCAGCUGGCUGGGCCGACUCUUUGGAGCCAGCAGCCCCUCUGCCAGGAGCUCCCCUUCCAGCCCUGACGCCAUCUCAGUGAGAUCCAGGAGACCCUCCAGCUGGCUGGCGCCCAGCUCCCGUGUCCUGGCCGUGGUGGUGAAGGGGCUGGCCGAGAAGAGCCGUGCUCCAGAACAGCCUGAGAAGCAGCUGCCUGAUUCACCGCAGUCCCACAGAGCGGUCCGGGCGCUGUGUGACCACACCGGUGCCGCUGACGGUCACCUGAGCUUCCAAAAAGGGGACGUUCUGCAGCUGCUCUCCACCGUGGAUGAAGAUUGGAUCCGUUGCUGCCAUGGAAACAGCACUGGCCUCGUUCCUGUGAGCUACACGUCUCUGAUUUUGUGAGGAGGAGAUGUGAGGAAGCAGCUGAGCUUGCAGCAGCGCCAUCCCUGCCCCAUCUCCACCACCUCCAGGCCUGGAUGCUCUGCAGGGCUCCUUGCUGCAGUGCCGGCCCGCUGCUCCUUGCAGUCGCCUCCUGCGGCUGUUGUCACAGCCCUGCUGCCACCUCACCACAGCCCCUCGUCGGGAUCUGCUCUUGUUCGUGUUCCCUCAGCUGCUGCCCACGUGUGAGGGCCACCGGGGUCCCCAUCCCCGUGCAUUACUCUCAGUCCCACGCGCUGUCCCUGUGCCCCAUCGCUGCCACCACGUGCCCCGCUGUGCCGCAGGGCUGCUGACCCAGGCCGGCCCCAAGCACCCCGCGCCGUCCCAACGCCCUGUAAAUAGUUGUAACCACGGGAAGAUGCUCAUUCUGGGGGAAAUAAAGGCUGUGACUCUG